GCUUCUUCUAACCGCCCUUAUCCGAGCAAUAUUCAGCCUGCUGCGGAUAUCGCAGAGAGCAGGAUCAGGUCGUGAUGAAGCCCUUUCGGCGCUCGUCGAUACUGAAUAUUAUCUUCACACGAACGACGCGCGCCAUGCUUUCCAGGCGCAUGGAAUCCAUAUAUUUGGCUGCUGUUGCAUCAAAAGGUGUUCUUCGUACUCAAAAUACCUUUGCCAGAGACGUCAACAACACUAGGAGUCAUUGACGGUCAUUGUUAGUGAACGUCAACUAUUGAAUGGCCUACCCGACCGGCUGCUAGCGUCCAUGUCAAGAGCCUAGCAUAGUGAGAAAGAAACCAUCCUCUUCUUCCCGUCUUUCCACAAACUCGCCCAUGGAUCCAGGAACCAUCCUCGCGGUCAUAGACAUGGCGGGCAAGGUCACCGUCGCACUCUGCAAGUACGCGUCGUCCGCCAAAGGCGCUGACAAGGCGCGACUCGCUCUCUGGCGGGAGCUUUCUUCCAUCAGCGGCACGCUCAUGAACGUCAAGUACUACUUCGAGAGCCUUGCGGAUGGGUUCGCGCCGGAGACGCAGAAGCGGAUGAAUGCGCUUCGACUGUGGGAGGAGGGCGGGCCUAUCAAGGAGUGUAUGAAGUUGCUGGACAACUUUCUGCGAGAGCUCGAUGUGGAUAUGAAGAAGCAGGGUCUGAAGCGCAAGCUCCUGUGGCCUUUCAAGGAAGAGACUAUCGAGGAGUUUCUCAAGCAGCUGGAGCGUCAUAAGGCGCAUCUCAUGCUCGCUUUCUCGAUCAAUACAAGCGAACAACUAACAGACAUCGCACAAAUCUCUUUCAUGAUCGCGGAAGAGCAGGCGCGCGUCAGACUGGAGAAGGAGAUUGCGGACACUCAGCGCGCAUCACAGGAGGAGAGUAGGCGUCGUGAUUCGCUGCGGGACGAGAUCAUCAGGUGGCUCCAACCGGUUGACAACGGUUCGAAGCACGCAAUAUCGCUGCAAAAACGACAAGAAGGGACAUGCAAGUGGAUCUUCACUCACGAUACUUACCGCCAGUGGAGCACGCGUGAAAGUGGGAUGCUUUGGCUGAGUGGUAUACCCGGUAGUGGGAAGAGCGUGAUGGCGUCAUCGCUCAUCGACGCGUUGAGGCAGAAGCGGUACCCAGCACUUGUCUAUCACUACUGCGACUUCGGCGACCCUUCCAGUACAUCAGUCGUUUCCAUUCUGCGCAGCUUGUUUGUGCAGCUUCUUCGAAAUGCACCUCCCGCCUGGUUCGACGAGCUCAACAGCAUCGCCAAUCAGGUCAAGUCAGGCGAACCUCCCAGCUCUAUCCUCGAGGUCUACGGCUACGUUCAGCGCGCUGUCCCCCUCUAUCCUGAACAGUUGUUCAUCAUCGACGCCCUCGAUGAAUGUCAAGAACCAGCUGAGCUUAUACGCUUCCUCGUCCGCCUGUCUGAACUCGGCGGCGUUCACGUCUUUGUCACAAGUCGCAAUGAGCGCGCCAUAUACGAACUCCUUCAAGAUACACCGACGAUAUCCCUGACGGACGAGAAGGACCUUGUCAACGCGGACAUUCGGGAGCACGUUGUACGCUCGUUGGCCACCACACCCGGCCUUUCUCGUCUUCCAUCGAAUAUAAAGAAGGAGAUCGAAGUUGCCCUCCUGUCGAAGGCGGAUUGCAUGUUCCGAUGGGUGGAAUGCCAGCUCGACUUCCUUGCCACAUGUCGAACUCGGCAGGCGGUCAAUCAUGCCCUUAACAACCUUCCGAAGACGCUAUACGAGACCUAUGAACGGAUCCUGCAGGCUAUCGACCGUCAGGGUACCGACAUGGCACGCAUCGCUCAACACACACUGCGAUGGCUUGUCGGUGCCCAGCGACCCAUCAGACUUAACGAGAUUCAAGAGGCCGUUAUGAUCGAAGUCGGCGAAGAUUCCCUGAACGAGGAUCUGGGCGUCUUCGAUCCAAUGGACGUCCUGCAUACCUGCUCAUCGCUCGUGAGCUACGACAAUGCGAAGGGUGUCGUCAACCUUUCGCAUUUCACUGUGCAGGAGUAUCUUCUUGUACCGUCUCUCGCCACUUCAACCCUUUCCCACUUCUCCGUCCAGCUGGUCGACUUGCACCGCGAUCUCGCCUUGCAAUGUCUGACCUACAUAUCGUUCGACAACUUUGCCGGCGGAGCUUGCUACGACAAACCGUCCUACAUGGCACGGCUUCGCAAUCAUCCUCUCUUUGACUACGUUGCUCAUCAUUGGACCGACCACGUUGCGCAAGUACGGGCAUACGACGCAGAGGUCUACGCGUCCAUUGACGACCUGCUCUUCAGCGAGAAGAAGCGUCCGCACUGCCUUGCGUUCCGCCAGAACGAGCAAGGCGCAGAAAGCCAAUUUACUAGCAAGCGAGCGUUCGAGAUCUACGACAAGGCCUGGUGGACGCAUCCGUCCUAUGCGAAUCAGAAGAUGAAAGAUCGUCAAGCACCUGGAUCUUUCCUCCUGCCAGCUCCAUCAUGGUGGUACGCCAUCAAGACGAGGCAGACCUGGCUUGCUGAGCGCAUGUUUCACGAUCACCCAAGCCUGAUAACGUCCGAAUACCCGUAUAUCGGCUUUCCGUUGAUGGCGACGGCUCGCCAUGGGCUUCCGGAGGUGGCCAGGAUCCUCCUGGAUAUGGGCGCGGACGUGAACGCAGCCUGCGACUGCAACAAGGAGGUACCGCGAACUGCGCUCUACUCGGCCGUAGAGCACAUGACGCGCGACCCCGGACACCUCGCAACGUUUCGACUGCUACUUGAGCGUGGCGCGGAGGUCAACCGCCGGUAUGGCGAGGUCAGGGAUACGGUUCUGCAGUGUGCAGCCGCUCUGGGCGAUCGUAUCGAGGCCAUGCGGCUCUUGCUCGAGCGCGGCGCGGAUCGCGAGGCGAGCAACGCAUACGGAGAGACUUCGCUGCACAUAGCGGUGAGGAGCGACAGCCUGGAUACGGUUGAGUUCCUCCUCGGUGUUGGCUGCAACGUGAAUGCUCGCACGUACUCCGGCAAGGACGCCCUACAGAUGGCUCUCGAGAUGCGCUCGCCCAAGGUCGUGCAGUGUCUGCUGGAACGCGGACCCGACCUAUCGCAGCUUCACUUCGCGGCCGAGGACCUUGACUGGGCCAGAGGGCAACCGUGGUCACCGACCAUCGUCUCUGGCUUGAUGCGCUCGAAGCCGAUGUCAGAUGCCGGUCUGCAGGAGGUGUACGACACUUUGCGGCGAGGAGGCGUUCCCGAAGAGCUCGUCCUCGACAUUCUCGACCUUGCUGAGCUCUGGAGCUGCUCGAGUGCUUCGCGAGCUCAAAAGGUUGCCGUGGACAGUCGCACGCAGAGCUACGUCUAUGCGGAGCUCGAGGUACCCGAUGCACCGCUACGCUCUUUGACCUUCGUUACGGUGUCGCAUGAUCAAGGCUGGAGCGACUACGAAGACGACCAUGGGACGUACCGCCGUAGUAGCACCUGGUUCGAAGCCGGAGUCAAAGGCUCAGACGCUCGUCGCCUUAUCCAACAAAAUAUCCAUGCGUCAAGCGAUCGGCGACUGCACACAAAUACCUGGAGUUUCGAUACGCCAGACCCAGAGCUCCAGGAAUGGCUUCGAGGAAUGCAGGGUGGGAGGUUCCUGCAGCUCAUAGCUAGGGCGCAGUAUCAAGGUUGGGUGAACCACGUUUAUUCUGCCGAAAUCCGAGUUUUCUCACGCUUCAGUCCUGAGCGUCGCCUCUCAUCCACGGAGAGGUCUCGUAAAUGGCGCCAAGAUCCCCUCAACCGCGCUUGGGAAAACGCGAAUCGGGUAAUGCAACGGCGUGCUGAGACGAAAGGCCUCAAGUGGAAAUGUCCCAAAAGGCGCGAGGUUAAGUACAGCACUUGCGUAGUAACAAGACAUCGCACUCGCCAAAUCCCCAAAGCCACAAAACCUACUCAGGAUGAAGACGCGCUGGAGCGUUGUCGCCACCUUUGCCCGCCCUUCCUGCAGGAUCUACUCACGGAACUGUCCCUCACUGGAGAAUCUACUUUCGUGCAUUUGGGCUCGGGAAUGGGCGGUGCUGUCAUCCAGGCGGCUUUCCAAACUGGCUGUCAAGCUUACGGUAUCGAGCUCGACCCCCACCUUUACUCGACUUCCAUCGAGCUCUCCUACUCUGCGCGCUUGCAAUGCGAACGCACGCAGCAAGAGAUAGGACCUACGACCUUCGAGAAUGCAUGCGUCUAUUCGGCUAACCUGCUGCCGUCGUUGGUAUCCUCCGCUGAUCUGGUCCUCGUUGACAACGAUGCGUUCGAUGCUACUCUCGUUGAUCACCUCUUUCGCUGGAUCGUCCUCAUUAUGAAGCAUGGGUCAGUCAUCGCGGCUUCGAAGCCUUUGACGGGAGGUCCGGAGACCCCUUCGGUACUAUAUACGGCGGAGCAUAACGAGGAUAUCUAUGUCUAUGCCAACCUCGGCAUACGCGUCCAUGUUCUGAAACGCACGCGUGCAGAGUCGCUUACCACUUCAUGGUCGACAGGCGGUAGCUAUUUCCUCCAUCGUGUCUGUAAAGACUGAUAUGUUGUAUGCACUGUCGUGUUCGUUGUUUAUGCUUCACUGGUGAUGAAUGAAGCCAAACACCCGUGCGUUGGCGUGUCAAGCGACGCAGGAAAUGAC